GGUCUGUUGACAGUCGCCUAACUACUUCCUCCAUCUUCCUCCACCCUUGAUCCAUUGCUUUUUCCAACUUCGCACAUAUCUAGCUGUGGCGGGAUUUGUCUCGUGCUUACAGCAAUUGGGAAUGGCUGACAGAGCAUGGGAUCACAGUAGAGCAGCGUGGCUGUAUCCUCUGCGUGGAAUCUACUUUACCUUCUCCCACCGAUACCUUUGGCCGUUGUUCAGGGCUCGGCUGAUUCCGAUUGUCCUGCUCUCUGCGUUCAUCUACGUCCUGCUAUUCCUGUUUGCGUAUCUGCCGCAAGUGGCUUUCCUCGCGAUAUUCCAGGGUGCUGGCGCAUGGGUCAGUGGCGCGGUCCUCGUUCUCGGCGAAGGGGCCGCGAUCGUGGCGAUUCUGUUCGAGGCCUUCUUCGUCGAUGAGACGCUGGUGGACAUCUUCGACGCGGUGCUCGUGAGCGAAGGCCACGGCGACCUCGUGAAUGCCUCGCGGGUCUUAUACCCACAAGGCGACGAUGUCGUACAGCGACUCGGCAAACCCACCCAGAGCGCCGUCUAUGCGCCGUUCUCCCUGCGGCAAAUUCUGGAAUUCAUUGUCCUGCUCCCGCUGAACCUUAUUCCCUUCCCAGGCGGCACCCUCAUGUUUCUCGUGUUGACGGGCUAUCGGGCGGGGCCCUUCCACCACUGGCGCUACUUCCAGCUGCUGGAUCUCUCGAAGCAGCAGCGGAAGGAGAGGAUACGUCGCCGGCAGUUGCAGUAUACUACAUUUGGGACGGUCGCCCUGGUGCUUCAACUAGUUCCAAUCUUGUCCAUGUUCUUCCUCAUGUCGACCGCGGUUGGGUCGGCACUUUGGGCAGUGGAGCUGGAAAAUCGACGCGAUCCUUUGGGCAGGAGGCCUGGGCGAGAUGGUGUUUACCGCGACGACGAUCCUUUGAUAUGAUGGGGGGUGAGCGGUUCGAUGCAUGUUUUGGUUUUGUCUUUCUUUUUUCACUUGUUUUUUUCUUUUCUUUCUUUCUUUCUUUCUUUCUGAUGUAUAGUUGAUUGAUUAGGUAUGACUUUUAAUAUGUGAGACUUUUUGUGAGGCUUUUCUUUUACUUUAAUUAAUUAUCGCGCCCAAUUGAUGUGCAUCUUGGCAUUAGUAUCGGUAUUAGCAC